UCAUCUUCAUCCGCAGCAUAAGAUCAUCUCGAGAGCUCCUGCGACAGAUCCUCUCCUUCACUCUUCUGCAUUACAGACUCCGUGAACGGGACUCUGCGGGGUCGCGCGCUCGAUGCUGCUCGUGCUCGCAUGUUUGCGGAAUCUGCAGGAUUUGACUUUUCAUUUCUCUGAACGGGAUACAAUGUAACAACCGCGACCGAGAGAUGCACGACUUCUGUUAACCACAGCUGCGAUACAAUGGGGAAACUUCACUCAAAACAUGCUUGCAAACGUCGGGAAAAUCCUGAGGGGGACAGUUUUGUUGUGAAUGGCUUUAUUUCAAGAAGAGGAGUUGAAGAAGGCGAGAGAUAUGGCACCAAUCAGAAAGAUUACAAGGAGCUGCAGGACUGUGAGCUGAAGGACGGACACCGCUGCCCUCUACAGGUGAUUUUGCCUCCAGAAAAGUCUGAAGGAUGUGAGCGUUUUCUUCAGUUUCUGCCGUCUGAAGAUGGAGAGAGAGACCUGAAGGAAACCUGUAAAGGGAAGAAGCGCAUCAGUCUGAAUGAUCUGGAGUGUAACGUGUCGCUGGUUGACGACAACAGGCAGGAGUGGGUCUUUACCCUCUACGAUUUUGACAACAGUGGAAAAGUCACGAAGGAGGACAUGUCCAGUCUGAUGCACACCAUCUAUGAUGUGGUGGAUGCCUCCGUCAAUCACUCGUGUAAAAGCAAACCAAAGACCCUCCGAGUCAAGCUGACGGUCUCUCCAGAGCCUGGAGCUCGCAGGAGGGACGGGACACACGCCGGGACCGAGAAAGAAGCGAGUCGUUUGAGUCGCAUCGAAUCGGCUCACACAGAGGAGAGACGGCAACACACACACAUCAGAGGUCAGCCUGAUGAAGCUCACGAGAGGAAUCACUAUUGCGUGGAUGAGAACACAGAAAGAAGAAAUCAUUACCUGGAUCUGGCUGGAAUAGAGAACUACACCUCCAGAUUUGACAGUACCUCUCCUCCUGCGGCCCAACAAGAGCCAGCCUCACGGCCUCCACACAACCAGAGUCGUUCCCGGUCCCACGAGCCCGAGACACAGGCCCAUCAGCGCCGGUCUCAGGUCAUGUCCGAUCACUGUGUGGCGCUGGAUCCCCGCGUGCGCAGCGGCCCUCAGUUCAUCAGAUCCCCCAAGGGGACGUCCAAAGGAGCAGCUGGCGGCCAGGCCGCGGCCAAAAUCAGCAAGUGCCAUGGCUACUAUCCCUCCAUGCAUGUCUCAGGGGCUCAGGAUGUGUACCAUCUACCCCAGCAGAACCAGCCUCAAGCCCCGUCGGGUCACCAACACCCUCUCCAGCACAGUCACAGCAAGAGAGUGAGAGCCAAAGCCAGAGAACAAGCCCUGUCUCCUUCAAAACAACCCUCACCAGCGCCGGACCGCGAGCAGAACGCCGGCUUCAUGCGUCCUGUGGUCCAGCGGCAUGAACACCACCAUCAUCACGAACAUCAUCAUCAUCACCACUACCACCACUACCAUCAGACAUGACUCCACCCUGUAACGGGACGAUCCUUAUGUCCUUUCACGGAGCGAAAACUCUGCUGUCAUAAAGCUGUGGAAUCAUUGAUCACGUAAUCCCAGGCCUCAUUCAAGGGUCAUUCCUGUUCUGCAGUACGGAUGUUCAGAAAGGUUUUUUUUUAUAUAAAAGCGUAUAUUCAGUGCUGGGGAAAGUCACUUUUAAAAGGUAAUGCAUUAUAAUAUUGUGUUAUUCCCUAAAAAAAGUAACUAACUGGGUUACUUAGUUACCUUUUGUGGGAAAUAAUGUUGUUUCUCUCCUGGGGUGGGCUUCCUAGUUUGAGUUUUAAUUACAAAAAAAGCUGUAUUUAUAUAUUCACACCAAAAGUGAAAUGAAUAAGCAUCAGGCUGAAGGAAAUGCAAAUGCAUGCCUGUACAGUAGAGGGCACCGCUCAAACAAACUCAAAAAGUACAACACUGUUACUUCAUCAUUUCACUGUUUUUAUUCAUUUUGAGGAAUACUGAAAACAAAGUAACUUGCAUUACUUAUUUAAAAAAAAGUAACUCUGUUGUAAAUUUACUUUACUAGUUACUUGAAAAAAGUGACCUGAUUACAUACAACUCGUGUUAUUUGUCAUUCGUUACACACCCAACACGGCAUAUAUCAGAUAUUCAGAAAUCUGCUCCGGUCAAACUCAGGCACUUAUGAAAAUAGAGCUAAAGUUAGUCAUUGCUGACCGUUUACAUGAAAACGUCAACUUAAUUUCUCUUCGUAUUUUGAUUAUGUUUAUUAUACAGAUUUGUGGUUGAGUGGGAUUGAAUGGUUUAGAGCGACAGAAACCGACUUGUAGCAAAAAUAUUACAAAAGAGAGUUAAAAGGAUUUUUACAGGAUGCUAAAUAAUAUUGAGGACCUAUAAAUCUAUUAUCAGUAUAAAAAUCUAUAUAUUUUUUCCCCAUAUAUAAUAUAUACCCAAGAAAACAUUUCAAUUUGAGACCUAAGGAAAAUUAAUAUUGAUUAAAACCAAAUUAAAUAAUUGAAUUUGAUUUCCUUGGGUCUAUAGAUAUUCCCCUCUGUGUUCAUUUAAUUCUAAUAAAAGAAGGAAGAUUUUAUCCAGUAUAUUAUGACAUAUAUGAUGGGGGACAUGUAAUGAAAUGUACUGCAUAGAAGGAAUGACUCCAUAUAUAAAAUGAUUGUACAAUUUAGCCAUCAUGAUCUGCUUGGCCAUGGCUUUUUGUCCGUCACUCGGAUGUGGUUUUGUGUUUCUCUUCAAGUAUUUUCUCCCAAACAUGGAUCUCAGGUGAAUGGUGCUGCUCUGUAGCUUUUCUAAAAAAAAAAAAGAAAAAAGAAAAAAGAAAAAGGCUAUAUCUCCGUUGGGAGAGCUGCCAUGAACUGAACGUCUCCCUCUUACCAGAGGAAAUAUCACCACUGCCAGUUUGAAUGCUAAAAUAUCCUUUAUGUUUAAAAAUGAUAAACUAUAUGAAUAUAAACAUUUUACUGUAUGAUUAUACCGCAUAUGCAUAUUUAUCAUGGUUUAUACGUAUGCAUUUGUUUUUAUAUAUUAAUAAAAUACAUCUACUGCAUUUGA